GGCACAUUCCAUGUGAGUGCGCAAAUAGGGGAGGAGGGGGCACUUCCUGUAUCCCGGUCAGGGGAAAGAUCGCUAACGAUAUGUCCAUCUCUCAGCUGCAACAUCGUCAGCGAAUCCCCUGUGUCACAACGUGUCCGUGACCGGUCCCUUCCCCGACUCUUAUGGGAGUUUUCUGGGGGUUUACUUGUCCCUGAUCCCCCCUGUGCGGCGUGAGAAUGGAGCAGACACAUUCCUGCACUCUGGAGAGCUGCUGAAAGUCAGACUCGCAGGAGAGACAGAGUUGCAGGGGACAAAUUAGAGACAAGGCAUGUUCCCAUACUCUCCUUUCAAGCCGUGCCUCUUUUAACCGGAAUUUGGAUUACAAAACUGCUCCCCCCCCCACCCGAGGGAUUAUGUUGUAAGCUUUGGAAAACAAAGGAUUACUUUACAAAAAAUACAAAUAUUAUUGACGAGAUGUACGAGGAUGGGCGACCGUCAUCCCCGUCAGAUUAUUGUACCGGAAAGUGGAGUUUGUGUUGACUAAGCACAAGGAGCAUACCACUGAGAGCUGGGGGUGAGCUUAUCAAGGUAAAACCACACUAGAGUCCCCCCAACACCCCCAGUGCAAUGUAUUAUAUGGAUAGUAAUCCACCAACCACAGCAGCACGGGGAUCUGCUUCACAGAUUAAAACUUGAAGACCUUUUUGGGAUUCAUUUGGAAAUUUUACUUUACAGUUCAGGAAAAGCGGUGGUUAAAAACCAUGUUUAAAGAGGAACCCCCCUCCUGUUUCGAUUGCUGUCUGAUGGAUUCACAUUCGGGAUACAUUUUAAUUUAUUAGUCUUCUAAGCGGAUCUGUUGUUUUUAUGAUCCAUUUUUUUUUGCGGUUGUAUCUUAUUUUCCAUAAACAAUGGCUGAAGGCAACGCGGAGAGGAAAGUUCGGAUGUACAGGAGUGUUUCAUUUAAGAGACUGGAAAACUGGAAUGCAAAAGGGUUUGUUUUAGAGGGAGGCACUAAGCUGCCAGGGGAAGGAGAUGUCACCCAACCCACAUGUCAGAAAGCACAACGACCUUCACGAUCCCUUAGCUUGUCUAGGAAAGUGUCCAAGAUAUCUGCAGCCAGCAAGGACCAGAUUUCUCCCUCCGUCCGGCAGCUGUCCCAGAGAUUCUCCUCUCAGCCGAGGGAUGAAGGGGCACAGUGUGGGGAAGAAAACUCCCAUCUAAAUAAGGGGUGCCAAGAAGAACACACCCUGGAUCUACCUUGCCUCCAGGACCAACAGGGUCAAGAUCCACUAACUGUGACUGUGCGCGAUGACCCGGGUAAGUCUGAUGACUUGCUUGCCUAUGUGAACCCAAGGGCGUCCAAGAGCUCAGCGACUUUACUAGAUGAACUGACAUUGAACUCUUAUUAUAGUUUACUGAACCAUCCAGACAACCGGGAAAUUAUUGGGGUUGAAGAGAACUGGCCUAGUGUUACAGAAAUGCGCAAGUUAUUUGGGGAGAAUUCUAGGAAGCCAAAUGUUAGGGCAUCUUCUCUUCCAGACUAUGAUGAGCCAAGACUUUUAAGCCAGCAAUUUUCCUACCUAAGGGAAGCCACUGACUCGCACAGACCAUGCCCGGUAGAAAGUGCAUUUCCUCGAGAUUUUAAUGCAGCAGAUUUCCAACCGAAACAUCCCACCCUGAAGAUUGAAAAUUCACACUCCAGAAAUCUAUUAGACAGUAGGCCGGAUAUUAAUAGCAUUCUGUGUAUGGAUACAAAAGACCACAGGUCAAAUUCUGGUCCAAAACCUCAGCCUCCCACCCCUCCUCCAAGAAGCUUUAUACCGUUUGGUCUCAAGGCUCACACACUUUCCUCUGGAGUACCUAAACAAGAGGCAAGACAGCAAUCAGUAAGUUUACAUUCCUUGCAUAGUUCUGGCAAACCACAGACUGCCCCCUCCAAUGUCAGACUCGGAUUCAGUUCCAGCGAGGAAGAGUUGCGUAGCAAAGCAUUGCAGUUGCCUAGCAGCCCAAACAAAAACGAAUUUCAGGACAGGUCCCAGGAAGUGUCCUCAGGGAGCGACGAGGAAAGCAAUCGGGUAACCCUCAGAGAAAGUCUCAGGAAUCGAUCCCUUAGAAGGAAAAAGAAAGACUUGGAAGAGUACAAGAGUCACUUGUCAGGAGAAAGCAAUGCUAAGCAUGUUAUAAGCGAUGCAGCAGAUGGGGAUGAAGUAGGUCAGGAUGCCAACCACUCCGAAUAUCCACUGCAUGGGACAAAUAUAUAUGAGACAACUUCUGCAGAAACAAUGGGUGCAAAUGCUGCUGCAAAUAAACCAUCUUCAAAUCUGGCAAGCGGUACUUCAAAUGAAUCCCCCAGACAUCACCUUAGAGGCAUCUCUGAAGGUUUAAGCCCAUCAGCAGCAUGCCACUUGUCUGCGGCCUCCCCCAUGCCCACCGUGUCUCGUGUUGCCAAGGUUAACAUUCCUCCAUUUCUGCCCAGCCCCUGCGGAUCCAGAAGCAGCAGCAGAUACUCCAGCACCGAAACUCUCAAGGAAGACGAUCCCUUUAAUGCAUACUCCUCUGGCCAAAGCCGCCAAGGAGGCCUUAACAUUUACAGAUCUCCGAGUUUUGGCCACAACGACAAUGUCCGGCAACAGGCUCGAUCUAGGCUAAAAGUAGCCCCUAAUGUUGCAAAGUUGAAAAGCGAAAACUUUCAUGAAGUUUCUUCUUGUGAUCCCGAAAGUGAAAACUCUAAAUAUACAAAAUCUAUGUCUGAUCCAGAUAUAGCAUCAGAAACUCUUAACCUCCUUAGCUUUUUGCAAUCUGACAUUUCGGACUUAAAAAUAAGACACAGAGGUAGUGAGUGCACUGACAGAGAUGGAGUUACUGCUAAAAAUGAGAGUGUUCAUGGUCCUGGAGGCCAAGAGUCCUGGGCUAAUAAAGGUAGAUCUGUUUUGCAGAGUAUGAGCCACUCUCAGCAAGGUAAUCGUCCUACAUUAAGAGACCUCACCGCUACCCUUCGGCGUACCAAAUCUUUUACCUACUCUGAAAAAUUAGGCUCCAGAAGACGUGUAGGCCACGGUUCCAUGAAGCAGAGCUCAUCAGAGCUUUCACUAGCUAGCACAGGAGAUGAAGAUUUGUUGUCAAACAGCAAAACUAAUGAAGAUGUUACAAAACAAGGUGAAGAUGCUGCAUCAGCCCUAAGUCAUGAUCAGUACAUCCAAGAAGCAAGGCAAGUCUUCGAGAAAAUCAGCCAAAUUGGCUCUCAGGAUGACUACAGUUUUGAUCAGGAAGUAAGCAAACACUUAGAAAACAAAAUGGUCAAAAGUUUGCCAUUGGACUGUACUUCCCACUGUUUAGAGAAGAACUGUAAUACAUUCAUAGAAAACAUGUCAUUGACAAAGUCACUCGAGGAACUAUCUCAUCAUGAAUUUGCUAUGACAGAUGAAGGGAUUGUUACUGAAGUUGAGACGGUGUCUGGUGGGACCCUGUAUCAAGACCUUGGCCAAGCGCUAACAGUUUGGAAGACAGCUGAUAAACUUCAGGGAGACGCGCAUCCCUUCACAGUUCAAAAUGGGGAAAUACAACAAAGUCCAUCCGCAGUCAAGACCACUUUUGAAAUUGAUUCUUGUUGUGAUGUACUUACUAAUAAAAGUUCUUUCCAGGUACCAGUUGAUACUCCACCAAUGGCUGGAACCAUGCGGAGGAGAAGAAAGUUUCCAUCCCUUAGCAUUAAUGGUAGUGAUUCUAGUAAUGGAAGCAGUGGUGAGUCAGGGAGUGAGACUUAUAGGUCUUUCAGUGAUCCAAUGCCGCACAGAACAUACUCCAUUACAGAAGAUUCCAAAUUCUCUGUUGACAGCAACCUUCUUGGGUCACUGAAUUCCAAGACUGGAAACUCUGAGUCAUCGGCCAUUGCCUUCUCUGAGUGCACUGGCAGUGCUGCCAGUGUUUUAUCUUUUAGUAGUGAUGGUGUUAAAGACUACAACACAGUAAUACAAAAUAUUGUCAGCCAACCUGGAGCCCUAGACAAAGUAAUAGACGAAAAAGGAAACGGGAAAACCAUAAAGAAAAAAUCUUUUAGUGAUCCUAGUCGUCGUGGGGAAUUAUCUCCUACAAGCUUAGAGAAUUCCACUGAGCCCAUUAACGAGUUGUCUUGCAGCAGUGAACCGAUACUCACAGAGCAAAGAGACGAGUCCGGGGAGGUAGAGGAUGCAGAGAAAGUGGUUGGAAGAGUACGUUCCCAGUCAGAAUGCAUUCUGCCCCAUGCAGAGGACGAUAGCGGGGUUGAGGCAAAUCAGAAUUUCAGCUUUGACCCCAAAUUAGCAGAGGUGUUGUCUCCAAGAACAGUUAGGCGAAGUUCCAAAAAACGCACCAACAGGGUUCAAGAAGGUCCACAAGAAUGUAAUGAAUCCACUGAGGCCUUGGGGAAAUCAAGAGUAACUAGCAAGCACUUAAGGCACACGAGUGAACCGUCUACAUUUAUUCCAAUUGUCUCUGCAGAUGCAAAGUCAUCUAGUCAUCCAGUUGUCCAACUAACAAUUCCUGAGUCAGCCAAGCUUCCAGUGAAACCACUGCCAAGUUUAAUAUGCCCACAACUGGAGGAUGUAUCUAAACAAGGUAGACAUGUUACUGGGGAUACUAACACACCUUCCGCGGGGGAUUUGCCGAGGACUGCACCGAGUACUCCUACAAGCGCUGAACCCAAAUUACUGAGGCUCCAUAAGCCUCAUGAAGACAUCACUCCUGGCAACCGAAGCAAACCCUAUGUGGAUAUGAGAAAACAUGUUUUCCUGACAUUACUCGACACCGAGCAGUCGUACGUGGAAUCCCUGCGCACCCUGAUGGAGAGUUACAUGAAGCCCCUGAAGCUGCCAGAGAAUUCCUUCCUGUGCGACCCUUCCCUGGUGGAUGAAAUAUUCGAUCAGAUUCCGGAGUUGCUGGAACACCAUGAGCAGUUCUUGGAACAAGUGAACCAUUGUGUGCAGAAUUGGUGUGAGAUCCAGACUGUGGGAGACGUCCUGGUCCAGUCAUUUUCCAAGGAGAUCCUAGUGACCAUCUACUCCGCUUACAUCGAUAAUUUUCUCAAUGCCAAGGAUGCGGUUCGAGUGGCCAAGGAAGCCAGGCCGGCCUUUAUCAAGUUCCUGGAGCAAUGUACUCGAGAAAACAAGGAGAAGCAAGCGCUAUCUGAUCUGAUGAUUAAGCCUGUGCAGAGGAUUCCACGCUAUGAGCUCAUAGUCAAGGAUCUGUUAAAGCACACCCCUGAGGAUCACCCAGACCACCUCUGCCUGAUAGAUGCGCAAAUAAACAUCAAGCAACUCGCAGAGAGAAUCAACAGAGGCAUGAGUAGCGCGGAAGAAGCAGAAAGAGACAUCCGAAUCCUGCAGGAGAUAGAAUCACAUAUUGAAGGCAUGGAAGAUCUUCAAGCUCCUUUUAGAAGAUUUGUGCGCCAAGAGAUGGUGGUGGAAAUGAAAGCUGUAGGAGGAAAGAAGGAACGCUCACUUUUCCUGUUUACUGAUCUACUGAUCUGCACCACUCUGAAGCGAAAGUCUGGGUCCCUGCGGCGCAGUUCUAUGAGCCUAUACACAGCGGGGAGCGUCAUUGACAUAUCCAGUAAAUACAAACUGCUUUGGAAGCUUCCCCUGGAAGAUGUGGACAUUGUUAAAGGAACAUCCCAAGCCUCUAACAGGGACAGUAUCCAGAAGAUCAUUAGCCGACUGGAUGAAGAUCUCAGCACCAUGGGGCAACUCAGCAAACUCUCGGAGACGCUCAGCUUUCCUCACCAGAGUCUGGAUGAUGUAAUUAAGGACAUGAUGUCAUCAGUACACCGUGAGCUGGCAGAGAAGCAGUCUCUCUCAUUCACUAUGUCCUUCCCACCCAACAAAGUGGAGCUGACCACCACCAAAGCCGACGGCACAGAGUCAUUUAUCUUUGAGUUCAGUAACCCAGAGGCGCGGCUCCACUUUGAACAGGGGUUUGAAGAAGCAAAAAAGAAACUCGUUUCCAGCAAAAACCGUCUGGACCCCGAGUUCUUGAAAGCCAUUCCCAUCAUGAAGACCAGAAGUGGAAUGCAGUUCUCCUGCGCAUCCCCCAGUCACAGUUGUUUGGAGAACGUACAUGAGGUCUGGGUGUGUAACAGCGACGGCUACGUGGGUCAGGUCUGUCUGCUCAGUAUCAACAACGAACCCUCCGUUGAAGCCUGUAUUGCUGUGUGCUCUGCCCGAAUCCUGUGCAUCGCCUCUGUGCCCGGCCUCCAGAGGAACUACCGGGAGCGCCCUGUUGCUAUGGUGAGCCAGUCCUCGGAGACCCAAUCCCAGUCCCAAGAAGAGACGGUGUCCCAGCAGUGCCUUCACAUUUCCAUCUCGGGGUCGUCGCUGGAGCUGUCGGAGACCACAGAUAGUGCCAGUCGGGACCUUGUACCCUUUGACAGCGACGACACUGAUGAUGAAUCGUCACCGAGCCCCUCAGGGACCCUUCAGAGCCAAGCAAGUCGCUCCACCAUCUCCUCCAGUUUUGGAACUGAGGAUAUGCCAAGUGCCAAGGAUACCACCACGAGUUCAGAAGAAGAGCAGGAGACCAACUUCCCCCCCAUCCCCAUCCCCCGCUCCAUCAACCACAAUAGGGACAACGAGAGCCCCAUGGAGGGACAGGCAGUGAGGAGAUCAAGCAGAGGCUCAAUCACAAGGGGGAGCCUGGAAGACUUGCCCAGCCUGGACCCCGAGGCCUAUCACAGCUCCAUGUGGCUGGGGACAGAGGAUGGAUGCAUCCACGUCUAUCAGUCGUCCGACAACAUCCGCAACCGCAAGAACAGCAUGAAGAUUCAGCACUCGGCAGCCAUCAUGUGCAUCCUAUACCUGGAUAACCAAGUGUUUGUGUCACUGGCCAAUGGAGAGCUGAUCGUGUAUCAGAGGGAAGCAGGAAGUUUCUGGGACCCUCAAAACUCCAAAUCUCUGCCCCUUGGCUCCCCCGGGGGUCCUGUAACCAAAAUGGUGUCAGUGUCGGGGAAGCUUUGGUGCGGCUGCCAGAACAGAGUGAUCAUCUUCAACACAAGCUCAUUACUCCAAGAGCACUCCUUCCACAUUGGUCAAGAUCAGAACCGCAGCGUCACGUGCAUGGUCAGCUCCAGCGCAGGCAUGUGGAUUUCUCUGCAGAGCAGCGCUCAGGUGCGACUGUAUCACUCCACUUCAUUUGAGCAGCUGGUGGAGGUAGAUAUCGCACCACCGGUGCACAAGAUGUUGGCAGGUUCUGAUGCUAUUAUCCGACAACACAAGUCAGCCUGCCUUCGGAUCACAGCUCUCCUGGCUUGUAAGGACUUACUGUGGAUCGGUACGAGCGCUGGGGUGGUCCUCACUUUGUCCUUCGCCUCCACCAGCAGCAGCAACUCACUGAAGGGCCAACUCAGCCCAGUGGGUCUGUCCCAGGGCCACACAGGACAUGUCCGAUUCCUCACAUCAGUGGAGCUGCCAGACGGAUUUGAUGUUCUCUUCCCAUUGUCAGAUCAGGGCAAUGACCAGACGUCUGAGUUGGAAAAGAGGGAUUCAGCCAGACUCCGCCCUUCUUCAGUGACUCAGUCCAAAUCCAAAAUCCUGGUCAUCAGUGGGGGGGACGGCUAUGAAGAUUUCCGACUGACUAACAGCAGUGAGACUGUGGGCAGGGACGACAGCACCAACCACCUUCUACUCUGGAGAGUGUGAGGGAGAGUGUGAGGAUGAGUGUGAGGGAGAGUGUGAGGAUGAGUGUGAGGGAGAGUGUGAGGAUGAGUGUGAGGGAGAGUGUGAGGAUGAGUGUGAGGGAGUUGCCCAAUCCCUGUCAUCGCUGCGCUUGGUCUUGGCUCCAGCUCGUCCCUCAACUCCCUGAAUGUGUCACCUGCUCACACUGAGCCCCCGGCUACAGCUUCUUUCCUGGGAGUCAGGGGCCGGUGACUAAAUAACACCCGGCCUUUAGCCCAACACACCCAGACGGAGGGAGGAGCGGGGGAUGUACAGUGUAAAUAUUAAUGGAGGGUUCGGUUGCUGCUGAUGAGGAGGAGGACAUUACAGGACUGUACCACUUCUCUAUCAUUUAUCAGCAGAGGGUGGGACCCUCUUUGGAUUCUAAAAGCCCCUCACUGCCCCCCCGUGUAUCUAUAAAGGCAUUAACCACUGGUCUAUGGAAGUGCAAAUCAUACGUCUGUCACUGCUCGGCUCCUGGGGGCCCUCAGGGUCCACUCUGUCCCCUCUUCCCCUUUCUGCUGCUUCUUUUUGCGCCCCCCCCCUGUCAGUCAUUGAUUUUCCUGGACUUUUAUGUUUUAUAAACAAUGUUGUUAUUUAUUGUUAAGUGGAAAGUUUUAAUAUUUUUAAUCACUGGGGGGGGUGGACUUUGUGAUCCAUCCUGAGCCCCACCCUGUCCAACAGUGAAACCAAAAUGGCGCCUUCCAUUGUUACUGUGACUUGGCACCAGAGUGACCCUGAAACCCUAUCCCCCCCCUCCCUGCAAAUAAUACCUCCCCACCCCAGGGGGUUACAGAUUUGCCCCCACCCCCAGUGUUUUUGUGGGACGGAUUUUAAAUGGCAAAUUGUUGUUAGUGGGAAAUGAAAGUGUCAGUGAAACGUUGAGCGACUGUGUGUCGAUGUUGCAGCCAUCUUGCCUUACUCUACCUGCUGCCCCCCUGCUCACAGACACCCCCUCCCCCAAGUGAUCUCUCCAUCCACUAGACCUGGGGCACCACUGUGACCCCCCCUGCACUGCUACACACGACUGUAACUGCUGCACUUUGUACAUUAUGUCUCCAUACAACUCAUCAGCCAUUCGCUAUAGAUAGGGGGGUACCACAACCAGCACCCCCUCCCCAUAUAUAAAUCAAUCCAAGUGCAACUGCCGCUUAUAAUGUUCCCUUUGUGCCAAGUGUCAGUGUGCCCAGCGCUGGGCUGUUUACUGGUCACUGUGUUUGUUAACUGUGGUGCGUCUGUUGCUUUUGGACCUUGGUCGAGGUUAAUGGGUUAAAUGCUGGAUAAUCUGACAGUUGAUAUUAGCAGAUCUGCCACUAGGGGGCGACAUUGUUGUAUUCAUAGUGAGUUGCAGCCUCCUCUAUCAUUUCGACCAGUUUUCCCCCAGCGGGUGCGAAGGUGAAAUUGCACUUUUUUAAUCCACCUCCUUUAUUUUUAACCUGCACUAAUUAUCCAGAUUUACAGGUGGGGGGGGGAGAUAUUUUCACUUCCAAUUUUCAAAUGUAAAGAGGAAUUUAUCAGACUUUUAAAAAUAUACCAUGACCCUAAUAUACAUAGUAAGUCAGGUUGAAAAAAGACUCAUGUC